AUGACUGGUAAAAUUCAUUCUCCUCAUAUGUUAAAGAAUCCAAAAUCUCCUAAGACUCACUUAACCAUGGAGCAUAUUAACCAGCUCAUCAAAAAAAAUCCAUAUAACUUGCCACCAGAUGAAAAAUUAUUGACUAUUAAUGAUGAAAAUAAUGAAAGAGCAAAGACUGAUAUGAGACAGCGUUCAAGAACUCGAAUAGAAUUCAGACAACCUCAAAAUCUUCCAAGAUUACAAAGUGUGCAUUCUGUUAUGGGAGAACCAGUUGAUGAAAUUAAGCCUGUAGCUACAGAACAUCAAAGGAGACAACAAAUGCAUGGUUUUGUAGAACAAACACGUGAUAUUUUACUAGCUCAAUUGAAAAUUGGCAGAAAAUCAAAAGAAAUUGAACGUAUUAUGCAACAACAGCUUACUGAGCAAGGAAUUAUACAAACUCAGAUUGCUAGAAUUGCAGAAACUAAUAACCAAUACGAUAUGACAUCAAAUUCACUCAAAGCUGAGCUUAAUAGAGCAAAAAAGGAAUGUGAUAAAGCACUUAACGAAAAGAAGCAACUGCAAAGAGAGCUUAAAUUCAAGUAUGAUACCAUCGCGCGCAUAAAAGCUGAAAUUACAAAGAACGAAGAUAUCGUAUUUUCAUACAGAAACUACAGCGAAUUCCUCAAAUCUCUUACUCCUCCUGGAGAGAAUCCUCUAGACCGCUUCCAGGAACCUCAAACAUUACUUAACGAAUUUGAACAACUCGAAUCUGAUAAUCUCUUUCUCAUACAGAAAUGUUGCGAACUCGAGCAAGAAAGUGAUCGUGCAAUGGAAGAUAUUAGAAAAGAACUUACUACAGCCCAAGAAGAAAAGCGAAAAAUGGAAAAUGCGGAACAAAAAAUUAAUCCAAUCGCAGUUCUUAACUGCAACGAUACAGCCAUACAACAAGAUUCUCGCGCAACAGAUGAUGAGCUUGCCCAACUCUCCAAAUACAUUCAAAGCGCUUACGUUAAGUGUUUCGGAAGUAAAAGCGAUUUCGGACCAACAACAAUGCUCGAAAGACUUGAAAACGAGCUUGAAGUCUUAUAUAAAAAGAUUGCAGAGCUUCCUCCUGAGUUUGUUAAUGAGACACAAGCUCAUAUCGAGAAGGCAAGAAGAGAUCAAGCGAGAGCUGACAGACAAGCUCAAAAACUCCUCGAACAGAGAAGAAAGACUGAACAGGCAAUCGAGCGUGCAAAUAGACCUGUUACUAAGAAGAUGGGAAGACCUCUCAAGGUGCGUGUUUUGUCAAUGCAACUUACUCAUCAUGUUAAUGAUGAAAAGAAAGCUCAGGAUGAAAAAUUACAAGAAGAACUUUUGUUCGGCUCUCUUGAUGACUAA